AAUCACGUUCUCGCCCGCACUUGUUUGAGGCUAGUACGCUGCGAGUUCGCUACAGUGUUCCCUCGUUCCCAACAUCAGCUAUCGGCGGUACACGAAGGACUUGCACAAAGCAAAAUACGUCUAAGUCACCGGUAGCAUUGCAGAAAAAUUGGCUCCUCGUCCUUAGCAAUGGCUAAGCAAUAGCUGCCAGUUCCUUGCAGGUCCUACUGAACUCUGGUCUCAGGGAUCUCCAUAAGUCUUGCGCUUUCCUUGAGUGGGGACUGAACCCGGCAAGGUAACUGGAAGUUCUGUCAGUCCACGCCACCACCGGAGCAGCAGAUGCAAAGUCCUUGAAGAGGCUUUGAAGAGGCCUGGAUUGACGGGCAAACACCUCAACGCCGGCCUUGCAGUAGACGAAUAGUAGCGAUUCCAAGCAGACAGAGCAUUACUAAAGUGCCGACUGCCAGAUUUGUUCCAUCACUUUGGCUCAUGACUGUUUAGCUUCUGCUCAAGGACUAUCUCCGGAUUUGAUGUACACGCUCUGAAAAGUGUGCUGUCACCGCUAAUAAUUUUUGUCCCAGCCCACGAAGCGUGCACUGCGCAAAGACGUUCAUAACAAGCAGAAGCAAAUGUACGUUACUUAGAGACCGCCGAGCGAAAAGCGAAGGAGGAAAGAACGACGGAUGCAGAGUUGAAGCCGGACAUGAGCUUUUGUGUUUGCUCGUGGUCCUCCGUUGCCGUGCCUGUCUUGUCACGAGACGCUGCAUCAGCAUAGCAGCACUGGAUACGAGACAUUGCAUCAGCAUAGCAGCACUGGAUACGAGUCUGGGUGUCUUCCUGAGGCUUUCUUCAAAACAUUGAGAAAACUGAGUUUUACCGUCUGGAUACGCACUUCGUCCUGAUGUUGUUGCCAACGAGGCUGAUAACGGAGCACAACCUCCAGUCCUGACAAUGCCUUCCAGAACUGUGUGGACCGCUUACGCUAUCAAGGCACCGCCGGUCGGAUCAAGGGGUAGCUGGCGCAUCCGUUACUUUGUGCUCACUAUCAUCUCCACAGGGACCGGCCAAGAUUUCUUGAGACUAUGCUACUACACUCAUCACAGUGGAUAUGAGCAGCAGCCGCCCAAAGGAGAGGUACCGCUGUUGGACAUCAAGACUAGCAGAGUGGCUAGGGUUUCACGCGUUCUCGACCACCAGUAUCACAAGAUCUGCUCGAUCAACACUACCGAUAGGACAUACUACUUUGCAGUCAAAACUGAGAACAUAAUGACGAUGUUAUUUGAUUGCCUCAAGCGGUAUUUGCCGGAAUGUAUUAGCAAUGAGGUGACGUUUGUCCGAGGUGUCAAUCUCUCUAGGAAACUUGUUUCUGUCAGUGAGAUACCGGAUGAUCCGUCUGAUAUUCCUGUGGUUGAUGUCACUGCCGCUUCCAAGGAAUCGUCCUCUAGGCGAAGAAAGGCAUUUGGACAAAUGAGAUCACAAACUCUGCCAUCACCACAGGUGAAAGAGGGUUUGGCAGGUUCUACCCUGGACAUGUCUAGUGGAUCACGGCCUUUGCCAAGCACUGCAUCAUCUGGGACUCUGAGGUCUCUUCUGCCAGUAUCACCGGAGAAAAGCAGGACUGCUUCAGUAGCACAGCCACAGUCCAAAAGGAUCGACAGCCUCAAGCUUUCAAAACGACACCUGGCCGUGCCACAACCAGACCAAACAAGCCGAUCCAGAGCAUCUACAUCACUAAUCCGGAGCUCACCUGUGCAGCAGCGCCCGUCGCCUACACGGGAUGAACCCAUGCUGCUGUCCGUUGGGGAAAUUGAACAAAACAAAGCCAGGCUGAAGACCCUGGCUACGGUCGUUCCUCUGUCGUCAAUGGACACCAACGCCAUUUGUCGGUUGGGACAUGGCAACUUUGGAUCGGUAUAUGAAGUUGCUAACAAGUCGCGGUUAGCAACAGGCCGAGCAGAGGAACCAGUGCCGGACACUGUGGCGGUCAAGAAACUAAAGUCUAAGCAUAGCCUGAUUGAGCUCAACCAAUUCUUGCAGGAAGCAAUUAUCAUGGCUAGGAUGGAUCACGCACAUGUUGUCAAGCUUCUUGGUGUUCAGAUAGAUGCAACACCAUUCUGCAUGAUCAUGGAAGUGAUGAAUGAAGGUGAUUUGAAGACCUUUCUAACAGACUGCAAGGAAGCCGGUGACACUUUACCCUAUGCUGUCAAGCUGUGGAUAAUUUUCCAGGUUGCCACGGGAAUGAACUACAUCUCGGAGAAGAAAGGAAUUCUCCAUCGUGAUCUGGCAGCUCGCAAUGUGCUCCUAUGCCGUACGAGUGAUGAUGAGGUCAUUGCCAAGAUAUCUGACUUCGGUCUUGCAAAGAGCAGUGCAGAGUACGUCCUGCUGACCAUGCGCACAUUGCCCGUCAAGUGGCUAUCUGUCGAGGUGCUGCGCGAUGGAAUAUACUCGUUCAAGAGUGAUGUGUGGGCAUUUGGAGUGAUGCUAUGGGAGACUCUGACCGAUGGUGCUGUUCCCUACACAGGAAUUCCUAACUCCGAGGUCUACUAUAAGCUUUUAGGUGGCAUGCAACUUGAGCGGCCUGCAGUUGCCAGUGAUAUGAUAGUUUCAAUGAUGCACGCCUGUAUGUCCCUGGAACCUGACAAAAGACCUUGCUUUGCAGAGAUAUGUGUUAGACUGGGUGAUCAUAUCAAGAUGCUGACUGCAGACCCUGUGGUUGAUAAGCAGGUUGAAGGCUGUUUAGAAGACGUUGUUCAGAUUUACAGUAAAGGAAAAACAGGCCAGCCUCUCGAAGAUGAUACAGAUGAAGGUGGCUAUACACCAAUGCUGCCCGCCACCCUCACUGCUACUGCAACUGAUCUCGUUACUCCGGAAUGGGUGGACAGUCUGGGUGUGGCUGACUUGCAGAGAUUCCUACUAAGAUACACUGGCAGACAGCUCGUUACUCAUCCUGAGUUUCAGUCUGACAUCAACUGGCUGCGUGCACGCUUGUGGAGUCUAGUUGCAGCCACUCAAAAGGACACUGUGGAGAGUCCUGCUAGCGAAGCCGCUGCAUCCUCAUCAUCACCGCCGCCACUUCCCAAAGACAGCUGAACUACACAACAGUGCUAGCCAUGUCGUUUCCGACUGCUCUUCCUGGAACACAGACUGAUGUUCUCAGUCCGAGCAAUCUGUCUUCAUGCUGUAUCCGACUGGUCAUGAUGUGCCACCGAAGUCACACAGAAAUUGAUCUGUCUACGGUGCCGAAAGUUUGAAGCAUCUCACUGUAAGGAUUCAGCUCUUGUACAGCCAGUUCAGGCUUUCUAAUCACUCCAUGAUAGCAUGCACUGUCCAAGCCAUUGAACAACAUAAAUGAAGGCUUCGACAUGCACCGGCUUCUUGUUUCAGUAGUUCUAGAAACCGUUUACAUAGCGACAGUCGACCUGUUGAUAAGAAUCUACCGGCAUGUGUACAUGUACUUCAAAGUAGGAGUGAUAGUGGUUUGGUUUGGCAGCCCGACAUUCACCUGUAUAAAACUGAUCCGUUUAGCUUUCACAGCCGGGCAAUGGUGCCUACCUCCACGAAGCUUCCAAUAUGAGUAAUGAUAACAUCAAUGUUAGCAUGCACGCUGCUAUAGCUAGCUGCAGACUUGAUAUGACUUCAAGUUAGUGAUGUUUCCAUGACAAAGAUUCCUGCCACCUGCAGGAUGGUAUUGAUCACUGGUACUGUGAUUCGUAACUAUUCUACUGGGAGGAUAAAUGUCUUAAAGAUAAUCAUCCUAAAAUCUUCAUUAGCUUGAGCGAAAGUUACUUUUAAAUGAUAUCUUUUCAGACCAUAAUUCUGACUAGUUUCUGCUCAGCUUCACCGACUUUCCAUCGGCGAGAGUUACAUUUGAACUCAGUGCUGUUCGCCGUGUUGGCAUCAUGAAUAAAACUGUUUCUUCGGGAUACUCCACAUGUUACAUCAGCAUCAGAUUCUGCUGUUUUAAAUUCAUCUGCAUUCCAUUGCUAAGUCAGCAAGGUGACAUGAAAUGCCCAUUGUAUCAAUUA